ACCCACUCACACACACUCACUCGUAGCUGAUGUUUUUCUCUUCUUCACUUCUUCCACAGAUCUGCUCUGUGUUUUCAGCACUUAUUACAGACAAUGUUCCUCCACUGCACUUUGCUCAUCACUGCCCUCCUGUGGACCCAACCUUCUCUCACCAGUGCAGGAAAAAUCCUUGUGUAUCCAGUAGAAGGAAGUCGUUGGCUCAACAUGGAUGUCAUCCUGCGUGAACUACAUAAACGAGGUCAUGAUCUGACAGUGGUGCGUUCCGUCAUGAGUUUACAGAUUCCUGAAAACUCUCCUCACUACAAAUCUCUGACCAUCCAGGUCAGUCGGUCCAUCGAUUUGGAUAAACCCGACCCAAUGGCGUUGCUCCUGAAAAAAACUAUACAGAGCCGAAAAAGUAAAUGGUCCAUUCUUUCCUUUAUAGAUGCGUCUCAACUGUUUUUUUCCAUUAUGGAGCAAGGUACCAGAGUGAGUGCAGAGAUGUUAAGAACCAUAUUGGAAGAUAAAAUGUUGGUAGAAAAUCUCCAAAACGCCAAGUUCGAUCUGAUUCUGACGGAUCCUUUUUAUGGAAGCGGAGUUGUUCUGGGGUCGUACUUGGGUUUACCAAUAGUGCUCAGUGCUCGCUGGAUAAUGAACAGAGAAGCACACGUUUUGAUUGCGCCCUCUCCUCUUUCCUACAUUCCAACAUUUGGAUCUGAGGUCAGUGACAAAAUGACCUUCACAGACCGACUGAAAAACUUGUUCUAUUACGCUCUUGGACAGUACAUGUAUCACAUGAUCAUUAGACCAGCUUAUCAGGGUCUCAUAACUGAGUUUAUAGAUCCAAACUCCGACAUCCACUCACUCACACAAGGUGCAGAUCUGUGGCUCAUGCGAGUAGAUUUCGUAUUCGAGUUUCCUCGGCCCACGAUGCCAAACGUGGUCUACGUUGGCGGAUUUCAGUGCAAGCCUUCCGGUCCCUUGCCUGAUGAGUUGGAGAUGUUCGUUCAGAGUUCAGGGGAACACGGCGUAAUUGUUAUGUCUUUUGGAACUCGGUUUGAACGUCUGGACCUCGAUCUAUCUGAAAUCUUCGCCUCUGCCUUUGCUGAUCUACCGCAGAAGGUUGUGUGGCGACAUGUCGGACCAAAACCUUCCACAGUGGGCAACAACACGCUCAUUUUAGACUGGAUUCCACAAAAUGACCUUCUCGGACAUCCAAAAACCAAAGUUUUUAUAACACAUGGAGGAACAAAUGGUAUCUACGAGGCCAUCUAUCACGGAGUCCCAAUGCUGGCGAUGCCACUAAUCCUGGAUCAGUUUGACAACAUGGUACGUCUGAAAGCUAAAGGCAUAGCUGAAGUUCUGGAGGUCACCGAACUGGAUGUUGAUACUCUAACCCAAUCUCUUAAGAACAUUUUGCAUGAAAAGCAGCGCUACAUGGAGAACAUGCGUAGGAUUUCCUCUCUACAUCGUGACACACCACUAAAACCGAUGGACAGCAUCAUCUUCUGGCUGGAAUUAGUCAUGAGGCAUAAAGGCGCAGCUCAUCUGCGUACAGAGUCGUAUAAGAUGCCCUGGUACGCGUAUUAUAACCUGGACAUUUUAGCGUCUGUGCUCAGUGUGUUUAUGAUCUCAUUUCUGCUUUUUGCUCAGAUCUGUAAGCUUCCGUUUAAGGUUCUGGAAAGAAAGAGGAAAGUCAAGCAGCAAUAAGCGCUGUGACAUUUCUUACCUCUCUUUACUCACCAGAUGUUUCCUGAUGUUUCCCGUGACGUUCUGUUCAAUCAUGUAUAUAAAGCAUAAUAAAUGCUUACAGUGUCUACAAA